AUGGUCCAAUUGGACCAAAUACCAGAGUUAGGGAAUCUGAAGGUCACUGAACCUCUUCAGUUGGACCAGAUACCAGAGUUAGGGAAUCUGAAGGUCACUGAACCUCCUCAGUUGGACCAGAUACCAGA